GAACCGAGCACAGGCCGGGAAGGCCUGUCCGGUGCCGUUUCCCGCAGAACGUCCUGCACUGAAGUGGUAAAAUGUGCUGCGAGAAGUGGAGCCGCGUGGCCGAAAUGUUUCUCUUCAUUGAAGACCUGGAAGAGGAUUAUAAAAUCCUAUGCCUCUGCUCCAGGGCAUUUGUAGAAGAUCGAAAAUUGUGCAAUUUGGGAUUAAAAGGCUACUAUGUCAAAGGCAGUGGCGACAAUGCAGGAGACCAAGCUACAGAAGAGGAAGAAGGGGAGGAAGGUGGCACUGCAGAGUCACAUGACAGUAAAGGCUUAGGCCUUGAUGAAAGUGAACUUGAUUCUGAGGCUGAACUCAUGAGAAGUAUGGGACUACCACUUCAGUUUGGUGGGAUAUCUGCACAUAAGAAUUUUGAGGUUUCUAUGAAUACUAGAAAUAAAGUUAAAAUAAAAAGGAAAAAGAAAAAACAUCAAAAGAAGUACUUAGAUGAAAUUAUAAGAGAAUCUUGGAGACAAGAAUAUGAAGAUGGCAUUUUGGCUUCAGAUGAUCCAUCUUCAGUUGAACAGUAUGAGAGCACCAAAACAUGUAAACGUCAAACCAAAAAAGAUACUGAAACUGAAAAUCUUCCUGUUGAAAAUACAUUAACUCCAAAGCUAGAAAUCACAGAAAAAUGGGAAAAAUAUUGGAAUGAAUAUGGUGGAGGAAUAUUAUGGCAAAGCUGGCAAGAAAAACAUUCAGAUCAGACACUAUGUUCUGAACCUUGGAACAUUCCUGAUACAAAGGAGGAAUGGGAACAACAUUAUAGUCAACUUUAUUGGUAUUAUUUGGAACAAUUUCAGUAUUGGGAAGCUCAGGGUUGGACUUUUGAUACCUCACAAACCUGUGAAACAGAUACUUGUGGGUCUAAAAUAGAAGUUGACAAUGAGAAAGAAGAAAAUUGCAUGAAAGCAGACUUAAUGUCUUUUCCAUCUCCAUCUGUUACAAUUGAUAGUGAAAGCUCUAGUUCAAGUGAUAAAGAGCAUAUUGAAAUUCUUGGUGGAAUUAAUAAUAUAAGUUUGAAUUCAGAGGAAGUGGAACAAAGCCAGUUAGAUUCUUCAGUAAGUUGUGAUGGACAUCAGUGGCUAAGUGAAGUCAGCAGCAGCAGAGAAUGUCCUGCUUCUGGCCAGAGUGAACCAUGUAAUGGAGGAACCAAGGAUAGCAGCUUGUCUGGGAACAGAAGCACAAACCAACCAGCUCAGGAUUCACAGGACUCUUCAGAAGCAAACACAAUCAAAGAAAGACCACAUCCCAACGAUAUUGAUGGAGAUGAGAGUGAAGAAGAUCCACCUGAACGUAAGCCAAGCAAACUCAAGAGGAGCCACGAACUGGACAUUGAUGAAAACCCAGAUACAGACUUUGAUGACAGUGGUUCCCUUCUAGGAUUCAAGCAUGGCUCAGGACAAAAAUAUGGUGGAAUUUCAAACUUCAGUCAUCGGCGGGUCAGAUACCUACAGAAGAAUGUGAAGUAUAAGUCAAAGUUCCUGGACAUGAGAAGACAAAUAAAUAUGAAAAACAAACACAUUUUCUUUACUGAAGAGUCAGAAAAAGCAUUCAAAAAAAGCAAAACUUUGACUAAGGUGGAAAUCUUGUUUCUAUCAGAUAUAAAGGUAGAAAAAUUCCUAAAAUGGAUUAAUGAGCCAAUGGAUGAGGAAGCAUCACAGGAAUCAGUUUCUCAUGACAAUGUGCAAGACACCUGCACAAGCAGUGAUUCAGAGGAACAAGAAAUGCCUGUUAAAAAAGGUGAUGACCCACUGGAGACAAGUAAUCCAGAGCCUGAAAAGUGUCAUGCCAUGUCUUCAGCUGGUGAACUUGAAGCAGAAAAAAAUGAAGGAGACAGCACAGUAGUAGCUAUUACAGAUAAGGAAGAUGGUGUUACUCAGGUUACCCCAGAUUCUCUUCAGGUAGAAACUGAAGUGGAAAGUAAAAAGAAGAAGAAGAAAAAGAAAAACAAGAACAAAAAGGUAAUUGGUCUGCCUCCUGAGAUAGCUGCUGUUCCUGAGCUGGCAAAAUACUGGGCACAGAGAUACAGGCUCUUCUCCCGUUUUGAUGAUGGGAUUAAAUUGGACAGAGAGGGCUGGUUUUCAGUUACUCCUGAGAAGAUUGCUGAACACAUUGCUGGCCGGGUCAGCCAGUCUUUCAAGUGUGACAUUGUAGUAGAUGCAUUUUGUGGAGUUGGAGGAAAUACUAUUCAGUUUGCGUUAACAGGAAAGAGAGUGAUUGCCAUUGAUAUUGAUCCUGUGAAGAUUGAUCUUGCUCGCAAUAAUGCAGAAGUUUAUGGAAUAGCAGACAAGAUAGAGUUCAUCUGUGGAGAUUUCCUCUUGCUGGCUUCACAUUUAAAGGCUGAUGUUGUGUUUCUUAGCCCUCCUUGGGGAGGACCAGAUUACGCUACUGCGGAGACCUUUGACAUUAGGACCAUGAUGUCUCCUGAUGGCUUUGAAAUCUUCAGGCUUUCCCAGAAGAUAACUAAUAAUAUUGUUUAUUUUCUUCCAAGAAAUGCUGAUAUUGACCAGGUGGCAUCCUUAGCUGGGCCUGGAGGGCAAGUGGAAAUAGAACAAAACUUUCUUAACAAUAAGUUGAAGACAAUCACUGCUUAUUUUGGGGACCUGAUUCGAAGAUCAGCCUCUGAAUCGUAACUGUGAGGGGGUACAAGAACAGAAAGUUCAUGUGUGGUCAGAACAUUAUUCAGAUGAGACCCUUGGGAUUUCUUUCUGUAUUCACUAAUAUUUUGUACCCAUGAUCUUAUAUCACCAUAUGAA